AAGAAUACUAACAAACCAACUCCAACUCACAUAUCAAUAUCCCACCCCAUUCCAGUGGUCACCUUCUCCAGUCGCUCCAACCCAAGCUAAAAACCCCCCCUUUCAAAUGGGAAUCCACGGCCACCACCUGCCACAACCACCGUUGCCGGAGUCCAAAACCCGCAGAAACACCGUCCGGUCCCUCUACAAGGCCCUGGCAAGAGGCAACCUGAACACGGUGGGCCAACUCCUAGAUCAAGAGCUGGAAUGGUGGUACCACGGGCCCCCGAAUUGCCACCACAUGAUGCUCAUGCUCACGGGGAAGUCGAAGCACCGCGACUACAGGUUCAGGCCUCGGAGCAUCACCACCGUCGGGGAGCUGGUGAUCGUGGAGGGGUGGGAAGAAGAGAUCAUGAGAGCGUAUUGGGUGCACGUUUGGACGGUUAAGGACGGCCAGAUCACCGAGUUUCGAGAGUAUUUCAAUACGUGGCUUACCGUGAUUCUUCAAGUACCGGGCGAAGACGGGAAGGAGAAUGUGAAGGCGUGGCAGAGUGAGCCUCAGCAGCGGCUGAAUUGGUCGUUGCCUGAUUUGGUUCUAACUGUUUGAUGUUUGUAUUGGUAUGAUGAAAAUUGUUGGGGUCUUGAACUAAUUAACAUAGUGAACUAUGCAUAUACAUUCUAAUGGUAGUACAUUAUGAAGUUUGGGAUAAGGUUCCUCACGACUUGUUCGUUAUGGGUCUCAAAACUCCU